AUGUUAUGGCUGACGACACAGAGACUAAGCAUGGAGGAAGCAGGAAUGGAAAGAGAGAUGGGUUCUCUGGAAGCUCAUUUUUCACCUGGUUUAUGGUAAUUGCUUUGCUGGGAGUUUGGACAUCAGUAGCAGUUGUCUGGUUUGAACUGGUAGAUUAUGAAGAAGUUCUAGGCAAGCUUGGGAUAUAUGAUGCUGAUGGAGAUGGAGAUUUUGAUGUGGAAGAUGCUAAAGUAUUGCUAGGCCUUAAAGAAAGAUCUGUCCCAGCACAGCCAGCAUCCCCAGAACCUGAGGAGAGCAUCCAGCCUGAUGAGAAGCCCUACAUGGAAUCAGAGCACAAGAAUGCUGACAUGCAACUGGAGGAGGAAGUUCAGUCUGUGGUUCAUGAAGAUCUCCAUUCCCAGCCUGCUAAAAAGAAGAAGAAGCCAAAGCUCUUAAACAAGUUUGACAAGACCAUUAAAGCUGAGCUAGAUGCUGCAGAAAGGCUCAGGAAAAAGGGAAAAGUGGAAGAAGCUUUGAGGGCCUUUGAAGCUUUAGUGAAUCAAUAUCCAGAGAGUCCUCGAGCAAGAUAUGGGAAAGCACAGUCUGAAGAUGACUUAGCUGAGAAGAUGAGAAGCAAUGAGAUGCUGCAGAAAGCCAUCAACACCUAUGAUGAGGUGGUUCAUCUGCCAAAUGUCCCUUCAGACCUGGUAAAGCUGAGCUUGAAACGAGAAGCAGACAGGCAGCAGUUCCUUGGUCGCAUGAGGGGUUCCCUGCUUACUCUGCAGAAGUUGGUUCAACUCUUUCCCAGUGAUACCUCAUUCAAGAAUGACCUUGGGGUUGGUUACCUCUUGAUAGGAGAUAACAGCAAGGCCAAGAAGGUGUAUGAAGAGGUUCUGAGCCUGGCUCCAGACGAUGGCUUUGCCAAGGUGCAUUAUGGCUUCAUCCUGAAGGCAGAGAACAAGAUAGCAGAGAGCAUUCCCUAUCUCAAGGAAGGGCUUGAGUCUGGUGACCCUGGCACAGAUGAUGGCCGCUUCUAUUUUCACCUGGGAGAUGCCUUGCAGAGGAUGGGAGACAAAGAUGCAUACAAGUGGUAUGAGCUUGGGUACCAGAGAGGUCACUUCGCAUCAGUCUGGCAGCGCUCCCUCUACAACGUCAAGGGGCUGAAGGCUCAGCCUUGGUGGACAGCAAGGGAGACUGGCUACACAGAACUGGUGAAGUCCCUGGAGAAGAACUGGAAGCUGAUUCGGGAUGAGGGCCUUGCUGUGAUGGAUAAAAAAAGCAACUUCUUCCUGCCUGAAGAUGAGAACCUGCGAGAGAAAGGAGACUGGAGCCAGUUCACCCUGUGGCAACAAGGAAGGAAAAAUGAGAAUGCCUGUAAAAGUGUGCCAAAAACUUGUGCCUUGUUGGAAAGGUUCCCAGAAGCUACUGGCUGCAGAAGAGGGCAGAUCAAAUACUCAGUCAUGCACCCAGGGACCCACGUCUGGCCCCACACAGGACCCACCAACUGCCGGCUGCGGAUGCACUUGGGCUUGGUGAUCCCCAAGGAGGGCUGCAGGAUCCGCUGUGCCCAGCACAACAGGACCUGGGAAGAAGGGAAAGUUCUGAUUUUUGAUGACUCUUUUGAACACGAAGUCUGGCAGGAUGCUGCAGCCUCUCGCCUGAUUUUCAUCGUGGACGUGUGGCACCCUGAGCUGACAGCCCAGGAGAGGAGAACCCUGCCUGCUAUUUAAGGGCUUCCUUCUGAGGUCUUGCAGCAGAGAAGCUUUAACCCCUCUGGAGUGUGCAAGUGGGAUACAUUUCUCCAGCAUAUAAAGGAUAUGAGCAUUGAUAAGGGUUAGAAGAGGUACAAAGGAUGUGACGCUCUGCGCUCACAGAGGACUUGAUUUAAA